CUCUCUCUCUCUCUCGCUCGCUCUUGUCUCUAAAGGUCUCGGUCAUGGCGCCGGCUUUCGUUCACCGGGAUAGGAAUACCGUCUGUGUCAUGGACGCGUCAUGUCGGCUCGGCAUUUCCCUCGUCAGGAGGCUUUUGCAGAGAGGAUGCACUGUUCAUGCCGCCUCUUAUCACCACGGUGAAUCGAGCGGCGUUCUGAAGAGGAUGUGCAGCGAGAACAGGCGGCUCAAGCUGUUUCAAGCGGACCCCUUCGACUACCAAACCAUCGUCGACGCCGUGAAGGGCUGCUCCGGCCUCUUCUACACGUUCGAGCCUCCCCAGGAUGAGUCCUAUGACGAGCUGAUGGUCGAAGUCGAGGUGAGAGCCGCACACAACGUGGUGGAAGCAUGUGCCCAGGUGGACACCAUCGAGAGGGUGGUGUUCACGUCGUCGGUGACCGCGGUCGUUUGGAAAGAAAACCGCAAGCUAGCGGCGGACGUCGACGAGAGGGAAUGGAGCGAGCCCAACUUCUGCAGAAAGUUCAAGCUUUGGCACGCGUUGGCAAAGACGUUAGCGGAGAAGACGGCGUGGGCGCUGGCAAUGGACAGGGGCGUCGACAUGGUCUCCGUUAACGCCGGGCUCCUAACGGGGCCGGAGAUCUCCGUCAGCAACCCCUACUUGAAGGGGGCUCCGCAGAUGUACGAAGACGGCGUCUUGGUGACGGUGGACAUCGACUUCCUCGUCGACGCCCACAUCGCCGUCUACGAGGGCCCCUCCGCUUACGGACGUUACCUCUGCUUCAGCAACGUCGUCUGCCGCCCCCCUGACGCCGUUAAGCUCGCCCAGCUGGUCUCCCCCGAUGCCCCUUCGUCUCCCCAAAGUAAUGAGUUGAAGGUGAUAGCGCAGCGGAUUCAGAACAAGAAGCUGAGCAAGCUGAUGGUGGAUUUCGACGUGCGGAUACAGGUGGAGUAGUAGACAGCCGUCCGUUUUGCUUCUGAUGGUUGGAGAUGUGGAAAUGCUGUGUGGAGUCUUUUAAGUCAUCAUCAACUGUGUAUAUGUAGAGUGCUCCCUGGUUUCAAAUAUCCAAAAGAAAGAGUAUAUGUUGAUUGGAUUUGCAUAAAAUUGGCAGAUGAUUGAAUUGUUUUACCAUUGAAA